AUGCGCCGUGGAGACCAGCGACAACCACAGCCCGAGCCGCCACCUCCGCCCGUCCGUACGGUCAAGUUCUCCCUCUACGAUGACGUCAUCGAGUACAGCAGCGGCGCCCCGCGGUCGGACGGGGUACUGGAGGUGAAGAAGAAGCCCACCAAGCGGCACACGCAUGCUUUCGGAACGGUUUACAGCUUCGACACGCACUCGGUAAUAGCGAGAAAUACGAUGGAUAGAAUUGCAACUAUGCAGAUGGAGAAUACUAAACCCCUCAACUUUUGGAACAACUUGUGCUAUGGUCUCUGUUUUGUCGGACCGUCCAUUGCAUCAAGCGCCCUCGGCCUUUUCUACUCAGUAUUCAUUCUCGAAGUGGCGCAGAUCACGCCUGCCCAGAACUCUAUAUUGACGACCGCUGGCCAAGUGGUGUCCUCGAUAUGUGACCUCUUUGUCGGCUUUCUGGUGGAUGCAACCGACACAAGAUGGGGCAAGCUAAAACCAUGGCUUCUUGUCACCACGCUUCCGGCUGCAGCCUGUUGCUUUUUCCAGUGGUUUUCUCCUGGCUUCGUCACUCCUACAGCAAAGCUGAUAUGGUAUAUUGUCUUCUCCGGUGGAUUCCGAAUCUUCCUCUCGGGAUUUGGUAAUGCAAAUACCUCCCUUGUCAUGUAUGCGACCAAGCAACCGAAAGAAAGAGACACCCUGAAUACAUAUGCGAACGCCUUUGGACUUGCUUCUCUUCUGCUGUCAACGCUGAUCCAACAAGGUACGUUUGCGCUGUUCCAUGCUGACAUUGGAUACCAUCCGGCUGGCAACGGAACACACAACGGAACACACAACGGAACGCACCAUGGUCCGUCUUUGGAUACUGAGAAAACAGCAUACAUGGUGGCGGGAGCUGUUGGUGCAGUCAUCUUUGUGCUAAGCGGACUGUCGGCGAUUUUUGGUGUUCCAGAGAGGAGGGAUAUGAAGAGGCCUCACCGAUCGUCAUGUUUCCCCGUUAGUGACAUCAAAGAGAUGGUCCGCCAUCGUCCUUUCCUAACCAUGGCUGUAAUCAAUGUGUUGUUGGUUCUGGGCCUUGGUGCCAAGCAGACCUAUGGUACAUUGACGCUGCAGUAUACCUUCGACUUAGGUGACCAGGUGUUCUACAUUCUCAUCGUAUAUACGGUAUCUUCAAUUGUGUCAACAUUCAUAUGGAAUAUAGCUAUGCGUCGAAUCGGCCGGAAGAAAGUACUAUGCCUGGGGAUUUUUGUCUUCCUACUGCCGCACAACGCUGCUCUCCUGUUAGCCACCGACGACAUGCUCGGGACCGCACUAGUUCCGUUCAUGUAUGCUGUGAGUGCCUGGGGUGGGAUAGGAGAUGGCACUCUUGGUCUUAUAUCAAGCGUUAUGCAGACAGAUGUCAUCGACGAUUUUGAGCUCAAGACAGGGAAAAAGAUGGCGUCUGUCUUUUACUCCCUUUGGAACAGUUUGGGCCAUGUCGUAAGCAUCAUCAGCGGUAUUGUCUUCAACUGGAUCUUACAAUCCGUCAAUUAUAACGCGGAUAACGAGGUCCAGCCAAUCAUCGUCAAGCAGGCAUUCCGGUACCUUGCGGCUGGCACGCCCCCUGCUGCUUACGUCAUAGUCUUGCUGUUCGUCUGGCUGUAUCCAAUCACAGAGGAGUCUCGCAUGAGAACCAAGAUGGCGCUGGACGCAAGGAGAGCAGCAACUGAAGAGGAAGAGAAAGCACUUCACAACGCCAAUGACGACGUCUCCGUUCAAUAA